AUGGCUACUGGUCAGCAAGUGAACUUUGACAAGUCCUCUGUGUUCUUUAGUACGAAUACUUCGUCUGCAACAAGACAUGCUAUAUGUACUCGAAUGGGUAUUCAGGAGGUGUCGGAGCAUCGUAAAUAUUUAGGACUACCAAGUACUGUUGGUAGAAAUAAAAAUGUUGUCUUCGGCUACUUGAAGGACAAAGUGCAUAAAAAGAUUCAAACUUGGGACAACAAGUUCCUCUCAAGAGCGGGUAAGGAAGUUCUCAUUAAGUCAGUGAUUCAAGCUCUCCUUGCUUACACCAUGAAUGUCUUUCUCAAUCCUGUUGAAAUUUGUAAUGAUAUUGAGCGAUCUAUUAGUCAAUUUUGGUGGAGAUCUUCAUCAAAAAAAGAUAUUCAUUUGAUGAAGUGGGACAAGUUGUCUGCUCAUAAAGUCAAUGGUGGGGGUGGUUUUCGUGACUUUAGGGACUUUAAUUUUCUUUGA